AUGACCUCCCGCUUGGUGUUGGUGAUUGGCGACCUCUUCAUACCAGACAGAGCCCCAUUCAAGAAACUCCUCACGCCGGGUAAAAUCGGCCAGAUCCUGUGUCUCGGCAACCUCACUGACCGCGAAACGUUUGACUUUCUCCGCCAAAUCUCCCCCGACCUGCAGCUCGUCAAGGGCGACUUCGACGUCGACUCGCCCAACCUCCCGCUGUCCAAGGUCAUCACGCACGGCUCGCUGCGGAUCGGGUUCACGCAUGGCCACACGAUCGUGCCGCCGGGGGAUUCGGACGCGUUGCUGAUCGCGGCGCGGCAGAUGGAUGUGGACGUGUUACUGUGCGGGAGUACGCAUCGGUUUGAUGCGUUUGAGGCGGAGGGGAGGUUUUUUGUGAAUCCGGGGAGUGCGACGGGGGCGUUUACCACCGAGGGGGGUGCGGAGGAGGUGGUGGUACCUAGUUUUUGCUUGAUGGAUGUGCAAGGUGAUGUGCUGGUGCUUUACGUCUACCAGUUACGAACUGACGAGCAAGGGACGGAGACGGUGUCUGUCGAAAAGAUGUCGUAUCGGAAACCGAACGUCCAGGCGGAUUGA